AUCGCCCUGUGUGCUGGCAAUGGAUCUGGAUUUCAGUCCUAUGCCCGGUCUGAUAUCCCUACCUUCGACGCUCUAUUCGCCCGGCCGAUCGUAGUCCAUUCGGCUGUAGGUCUCAUAGAACGAUAUGUCGAGAACAGAAGCUGAUACUUCCGGUACAACCAAUGCAAAUAGCCUGAGCAGCACCGAAAAGGAGAGACGGUAUGGACCCAUCCGACAGUCGCAAGAUACUGGUCGCAUCUCGGCAUUAGUACGCCAAAGCACCUCUAGGUCAUUGGAAAGAUCGACAUCGUUAGGAGAUGGAUACACACACCCCCAUGUUGACAAUGACAGGUUACAGGAUGUCGAGGAUGAAGAGAAGUUGGAACAGCAACGAGCAGUGGAUUUCGUGGUUGGGUGGGAUGGCCCGAAUGACCCUGAUAAUCCGCGAAAUAUGACCUACGCGCGGAAGUGGCUAAUUGUAAUCAUCCUGGCCAUGGGUUCGCUUUGCGUGACGUGUGCCUCUUCCAUGUAUACAAUGACAUACUCGCAACUGACCGAAGAAUUUGGUGUUUCGCGGCUUGUUGCUACAUUGGGGUUGUCCACUUUUAUCCUGGGCCUUGGGACUGGGCCUCUUUUCCUUGCUCCGUUGUCGGAGUUUUUUGGGAGACGCAUAAUUUACAUUAUCUCUUUUUCCUGCUUCGUGGUCUGGCUGGUUCCAUGCGCAGUGGCACAGAACAUUGCAACGAUGGUCAUCUCGAGGUUUUUCAAUGGCUUGUCUGGAAGCGCCUUUUUAAGUGUGGCUGGUGGAACCGUUGGCGAUAUAUUUGACCGGCGUCAGCUUGCAGCGCCGAUGAUGGUAUAUACAGCAAGCCCUUUCAUGGGUCCGGAAAUUGGUCCUUUGAUUGGUGGCUUUAUCUGCCAGUAUACUACAUGGCGCUGGGUCUUUUACCUCUUGCUCAUAUGGGCUGGAGCGAUUGCAGUUGCCCUCAUCCUGCUUGUCCCAGAAACUUAUCAUCCCGUCCUGCUUCGACGCAAAGCUAUAAAUCGCAGAAAGGAGACCGGAGACAACAGAUGGAAGGCACCUAUCGAGAAAUUAGGCCGCUCCUUGGUCCAUACUGUGCUCCGCUCCAUAUACAGGCCCAUGCUGCUACUGAUAUUCGAGCCGAUGUGCCUAAACCUCUGUAUUUUCUCUGCGAUCCUGCUCGGAAUAUUGUAUCUCUUCUUCGGGGCUUUCCAGCUUGUGUUUUCGACCAUUUACGGGUUUGAGCUCUGGCAAAUCGGGCUGAGUUUCUUGGGACUAAUGAUAGGAAUGGCGAUUGCAACCGCAAGUGACCCGAUAUGGUCGAGAUAUUAUGCACGUCUCAUUCGCAAUAGAGCCCAAGUUGUGGGAAAGGAGGAGUUCGAACCGGAGUGGAGAUUACCACCUGCGAUUGCUGGAGCUCCAUUGGUUACAAUUGGACUAUUUAUCUUUGCUUGGACGAUAUUCCCAAAUGUUCACUGGAUCGCGCCGAUAAUAGGGAGCUUAAUCUUCGGAAUAGGAACGAUCCUCGUCUACUCUGGUAUUUUCACAUUCCUUGUGGAAUCGUACCCCCUGUACGCUGCGAGCGCCUUAGCCGCCAAUAGCUUUUUGCGCUCAAGCUUUGCGGGUGCAUUUCCUCUAUUCGGAAUUCAAAUGUACCACAAGCUCGGGUACAACUGGGCAACCACUCUCCUGGCAUUCUUGACCCUUGUCAUGGCUCCAUUCCCGUACAUAUUCUUUCGCUACGGAAAACGCAUUAGAAAGAAGAGCCGAUUUGCGACUGUAAAAGCCGAGUGAGCGAGCUUUUCGCGUCGUAAUAUUUUCAGGCAGCCUGUUCCUCCCCAAGACACUCUCGUGUUUCGCGCUCGUGGCUGUAUUUUCCGAUCUAGCCCGUGGCUUGACUACCCCGUGUCGCUCGCUGAUAUGUUUGUAGCUACCUCGUGCUUUUUAAGGACAUGUGAAAAUGAUACGCAUCAGCCAAGCGGGCGGCUGGCGCCGAGGGAGCAAGACCGAUAGAGCGGGCUGGCGAAAAACCACUUUUCUUGGUCUAGAUCAACCAGGAUGGUUGACAAUCAGGCAAUUUUGGGUUCGGCAAUGGGGUUAAGCUUAUUUGCCCAUUGCAUUUUAGCUUUGGACCAAACCUCCCCUUCGAUAUUGGUUCGCUGUUUCAUAUCAGACCGAAUAUCUUUUUGAGUGGCGCGGAAUGAAAUUGACUCGAGCAGAACAAAUGUUUUGGAUCUACAAAAGACCUCAGAGCGAGUACAUAGAUAAUUAGCACAUUAAUACCCCAUCUUAGUUACCAGA